UUAACUUAUAAUAUACGUGUAACGAAACGCAAGUUUCGUUCGUAAGAAGUUUCGCGCGUAAUUUGAAACCGGAGCAACAAGGGUUGAAUUUUGCUAAUUUCGUCUUGCACUCGUACACUAUUUUAAAGUCAUUUCGUGAUGAGUCAGGAAAAAAGGAAACGUUCUGAGAAUUGGAGUACUGAAGAAAAAGAUAUACUACGUGAGAUGAUUGGGCAGUCACACCACAUUAUAGAAAAUCGGUGUACAAAAGCUUCCUCCAACAAUAAAAAAACUCAAGAGUGGAAAGAUAUAACAAAGAGAUUAAAUGAAUUGACGGGAAAGUGUAGGUCAGACGGUGAUGUCAAGUUAGCGUGGAAGAGGAUGAAGCUCACAGCUAAAGCCAACUUGUCCACUCAUUGGCAAGAUUUAGGAAAGACGGGGGGUGGGAAUAAGCCCAAGUCGCCUUCACAGGAAGAUCUAGCCACAAUAAAUAUUGUUCCAGGCGAUUUUAUUGUCGAAUAUAAUAAUUUUGAUAGUGAUGCUAUGAGACCUGUGGCUGAGUUGAAUGUUUUGGGCCACAAAAACAUUGAAAUAGAAGCGGGGCCAAGUACAGCUGUACCACCAUUAGAUCUUAAAGAAAAUAAUGAGGUACAAGCUGAAAAGGGCCAGGGUACUUCAAAUAAUGUAAAUGUGGAAACUACUACAAAAAAAAGAGUUUUAUGUACAAAUAGUGAUCCAAAAAACAAAAAAAAUAAAAUGGCAGAAGAAAUAUUGCGAACCAACAGUGCAUUUAAAGAGAGGCAGUUGGAGAUGUUAGAAUUGGAGCAUCAAUAUAAAAUUGAAACAUAUAAAUUAAAAAUUAAAAAAUUAGAACUUCAAAUUGAGUUACUAGAAAAUAAUAAGAAGUCCAUUAAUUAUCAGUAAUUAUUAAUUGUAAGU